AUAAGCUGUAAAAAAACCCCAAACCAGCCAUGGAAACCUUCCAAGUCCCCACCCCGCCGCCGAAUCAUUCAAACUCAUCUUCAUCCACUUCCUUCUUCAAUAACACAUAACAUAAAACCGUUCUCCAUUCUCCAUUCUCUUCAUGUUUCACCAAAACAUGAAGAGAAUGUUAUUACGCCACACAACACUCUUCCAUCGAUCAACCGCUGCAAAAACCUCUUCUCUCCCUCGCUUCAUAAAUUCAUUCCAUUCUCAUUCUUCACUCGCUCAUUUCAACAAACACCUUACAUGCUUAAUGAAAACCAAUCAACAUUCAACCGCCAUUGCACUUUUCAACCAGAAUGAAUACAAUAACUUCAUUACACCUUGUAUUAUCACUCUCACUAUUAUUAUCACAUGUUUUUUCCAUCUGGGUCAUGUCUCUUUUUCUUUUUCGAUAUUCGGUAAGAUACUUAAACGCGGUUAUGGUUUAGAUACUGUGGCAUUAAACACUGUUCUUAAAGGUUUAUGUGUUAAUGGUGGUGUUUUGAAAGCAUUGGAGUUUCAUGAUGAGAUUGUGAAUAAUGGGUUUAGUUUGAAUGAGGUUAGUUAUGGGAUUUUGAUUAAUGGGUUAUGUGAAAACGGGAGGGUGAAUGAAGCUGUGAAUUUGUUGAGAAUGAUUGAGAAGGAGAAGGAGAAGGAAAAGGAUGGUUUUUUUGUGAAAGGAAAUGUUGUUAUGUAUAGUAUUGUGAUUGAUUGUUUGUGUAGAAAUGGAUUUGUUGAUGAGGGUUUUGAGUUUUAUAAUGAGAUGAUGGGAAAUGGGGUUUGUCCGAACGAAUUUACGUAUGGUUCGUUGAUACGUGGAUUGUGUGGUGUUGGGAAAUUUUUGGAGGGUUUUGGAUUGGUGGAUGAGAUGAUUCGAAGGGGUUUGGAUGUUAGUGUUUAUGUUUUUACUGUUUUGAUUGACGGGUUGUGUAAAAAUGGGAUGUUGGUGGAAGCUCGUGAGAUGUUUGAUGAAAUGGUGAACAGAGGUUAUGAGCCGAAUAUUGUAACGUGUACCGCUUUGAUGGGUGGGUAUUGUUUGAAGGGGAAUGUGGAUAUGGCGAGGGAGUUGUUUGAUGCGAUUGGUGAGUGGGGUUUUAAGCGUGAUGUUUGGACGUAUAAUGUUUUUAUUCAUGGAUAUUGUAAGGUUGGGAGAGUGCGUGAUGCUGUGAGAGUUUUUGAUGAAAUGUGUCGUGAGGGUGUGGUUCCGAACAUUGUUACUUAUAAUUCUUUGAUUGACUGCUUGUGUAAAGCUGGGGAAGUCUCAGGUGCUUGGGAGAUCGUAAAGACAAUGCAUAGGAGCGGUUUGACGCCAGAUAUUGUUACUUGUUGUAUCUUGUUAGAUGGUUUGUGUAAAAGCAAGCGUCUUGACCAAGCGAUUUUGUUAUUUAAUCAACUGGUUGAAAGUGGCUUGACACCUGAUGUUUGGAGUUAUACCAUUUUGAUUCAUGGGUGUUGUACGAGUCGAAGAAUGGGUGAGGCCAUGAAUUUAUUGAGAGAUAUGCAUCUUAAGAAUUUGGUUCCUCAUAUUGUAACUUAUAGUUGUCUUAUUGAUGGCUUGUGCAGAUCUGGGAGAAUCUCAAAUGCAUGGAGGCUUCUUAACGAGAUGCAUGUUAAAGGUCCACUCCCAGAUACUAUAACUUACAGUAUCUUGUUAGAUGCUUUAUGGAAAAAGCAACAUCUUGACGAGGCAGUUUUCUUAUUUAACCAAAUGAUUAAAAGGGGUUUGGAACCUGACGUUAUGUGUUAUACUAUCAUGAUUGAUGGAUAUUGCAAGAGUGAGAGGAUAGAUGAAGCAAUAAACCUUUUCAGAGAAAUGCAUAUGAAAAAUUUGGUUCCUGAUAUUGUAACUUACACAAUACUUUUCAAUGCUGUGUUCAAAUCUGGGAGCAACUCGUAUGAAUGGAAGUUUGUUAAUGUGAUUCGUGACAUUAAUCCACCUCCUCGUGUUCUCAAAUACCUAGCCGCACUUUGCAAAAGUGAGCAUCUUGACUACAAGUGCCUUGCUUCAGCCAAUUGUUAGCAGAGGAAUUUGUUAUUGUGACUUUUCCAGAUCUAGAUAACUGUGAAGAAUGCAGCACAAAUUGAACACAAGGCAAAACUUAAUAUUUUGUUAUCUAUUUGAGCUGUUAAAGUCUUCCAUUAUUGAAAUGAUGAAAGUUUUCUGAAGGAGUUCGCAUCUUACGCAGGAUCUCUGCAGACAUCAGUUAGUCAACACAUGCUUGGGAAAAGCAACAAUGGAAAUGAUGUAUAUGCACUGUCUGGCUAUUCACCCAGUUCGGCCUUUAUGAUUAUCACCUUCGUGCAACGGACUGCCAGGAACGAAGUACUAGUGCAGCAUAUGCAAUUUUUUUCGGAUGAAAGUUUGAGCAACAAUGCCCUUAUUAGAGGGAAGAAGCUGAAAUGCAUUGAGGAAAGGUACUCACCAAGAAGAAAGCUAUUAAAAACUUGUCAAGGCAGCAUAUAUGCUGACAAGGGCCAUUUAGUUUCUUUCCUCAAUGUCUCAAUUCCUACAGAAAUGGCAAGUGUUUUGGAGUGAAAGAGAUGUUCAUAAUAUUGUAAUGAUUGGGUUGGUGGUGUCUGGUCAAGAAUGUGCCACCGUUUGUUCGAUCCAAGAUGUUAAAUUCUUAACUUGACAGAAAUUGAUGACGAGAGUUUAAACUUAUCAGAACAAGAACAAAAUCAGCAAUGCAUUCAUCGUACCAGAAGGGUGUUUCUAGAAGCUUAUUUUGUUUGCAACCUAGUCAUUGCUUUCUCUGGAAUUUCUUCCUGAUGUCCACACAUAACAUAACACAUUCGACAUUAAGCAGUUGACUUUAGCCAACUUGAAGAAUUUACAGACUAUCUAUCCGCUGUGGAAACUUAGACAACCAAUCACGAGAUUUUUGGAAGCUGUUUACAAGUUACAAAUGGAAGAAGCAAAAAUCGUCUUCUGAUGUUAUCUUAUUGCUCUCAUUUUCGUUUUGGUAUAACUAGCAUCAAGUAUAGUUUCAGCAGCUAUGCCAAUUUUGAGCAUUUAUAUUGUUUGUAACAGAGAACUACAUUUGAGGAACAUCUGCUUUCCUAACAUUGUGAAUUGGAAGUCAUGGUUUUAACUUGUAAAUUGUGACUUUCCUCACAAGUUAUUGAGGCAGUGUGUAAGUUCAGUACCAAAGUCAAUAAUUGUAAGAAGCUUGGGAUGUUGAAGAGUGUGGGUCUUUUGAUAUUGAGCUUUUUGAUAUAGUACAUCGCUCUAGAUAA